GAAAUCCAUGAGUUAUUAAAAGACUUUGAGCUGAAGUAUUGCUAUGUGGACAAACAUAAAAGAACAGCUUUUGUUACUCUGUUGAAUGGGGACCAAGCUCAGAGUGCAAUACGGCUAUUUCACCAACAUUCCCUCCGAGGAAAAGAAAUAUCACUGCAGCUUCAGCCAACCGAUGCCCUGCUCUGCAUUACCAAUUUGCCCCCUUUCUAUACGUUGCAAGAGUUUGAAGAGCUAGUGCGACCUUAUGGGAAUGUUGAGAGACACUUCUUGGUAUACAGUGAAGUCACGGGCUAUUCCAAGGGCUAUGGUUUUGUGGAAUACAUGAAAAAGGAUUCUGCAGCAAAGGCUAGGUUGGACCUUCUUGGCAAACCAUUAGGUGAAAAUGUCCUUUUUGCACAAUGGAUGGAUGCUAAUCAAAUAACUGCAGAACUCAUACAUUCAAAAUGCCUUUGUGUGGAAAACCUUCCUAUAGACUAUACUGGUGAUGACCUCUUGCAAAAUUUCUCAACUAAUUAUAAGCCUGUGUUCUACCAAGUAAGUGAAAUGCUUUUUCUUCAAAAUGAAAGCUGUCUUCACAGAUGUUAUGAUUUAAUGAUGUAGCAUGAACUUUUCCUUGAUUUGC